AUGGCUUCUUCAUCAUAUUACAAACUCUUCACCAUCACAAUUCUCCUUCUUUCCUUCACGUUAGUUUCUCUAGCCGGAGAUGAAAACGCAGAUGUAAGCGAAUGCAAAACUGAAUCCGGAGAUCUAUCAUGCCACAACAACAAACUCAUAGCAAUCCCAUCGAUCUUAGUGGCCAGCAUGAUCGGCGUUUGCUUGUUUUCUCGUUCCGUUCCUGCUUUAAGACCCGACCGAGAUAUGUUUUCAGUCGUCAAGGCUUUAGCUUCGGGUGUUAUUAUCGCUACCGGUUUUAUGCACGUUUUGGCUGACGCUGAGGAUCCGUGGAGGAUGUUUCCUGGUUUCGGCUUUGCUUACUAUAUGAUGAUUGAAUCAUUCAUGGGUGCGUAUAAGCUGAGAGCUAUGAAGCGUGAAGAACACUUAAAUCUCUAG